AUGUCACACAAACAUCAAAGACGUGUGUAUCCAGAGCCGCAAUACGAGGCACCACUUGGCCAGCCUUCCGCUGGUAUGCCAGGGAUGGGAAUGCCAGAUCAGAUGUUCAACGCUGGGGUUCAACAAACUCAACAAUUCAACCCACAAAUGGGACAACCACAGCAACAGCAAUUUAAUCAGCAACUUGACCAGACUACUAAUGCUAUGGGAAAUAUGAACAUGAAUAGCAAUACCCCAAUUGGUAUGGUUGAUCCAAAUGCAGUGUACCAACAACAGCAACAACAGCAACAACAACAGCAAAAUUAUCAACAACAGGACUAUCAACAACAACAACAGGGAUACGGACAACAACAGCAAGGUUACGGACAACAACAGCAAGGUUACGGACAACAGCAAGGUUACGGGCAGCAACAAGAGCCUAUUAACCCUGACAAAGCUCCAAGAGAACAUAACCAGUUAUACCCAACUGACUUAUUAUCUGACCUUCCACCUCCAAUCUCAGAACUAUCAUUGCCUCCACCUCCUUUACAAAUUCCACCUCAGAAGAUGUUAGUUUCAUCUGAAGAGGCAUUUGCUUCCUCAGAUUUCAUCAGAUGUACUUUGAAUGCUGUACCAAAAACAAACUCUCUAUUGAAGAAAACUAAACUACCUCUCGGUUUGGUAAUUAGACCUUACCAACAUCUACAUGAUGAUAACAAUCCUCCACCUUUAGAUGAUAGUAUGCUAGUCGUCAGAUGUCGUCGUUGUCGUAUCUAUAUCAAUCCAUUCGUGACCUUCUUUCCAGGUGGAAAUAAAUGGAGAUGUAACUUCUGUAGACUAUCAAAUGAGGUUCCAGCUAAAAUAGAUCUUGACAAUUUACAACAACAAAUGAACCGUUACGAUAGGGCUGCCUUGAGAUGUGGUGUUAUGGAUUAUAUUGCACCAAAGGAAUAUGCCAUAAGACAACCAGCCCCAACAACCUAUGUCUUCAUAUUAGACGUCUCCCAAUCAGCUCAAAAGGAAGGUCUAUUAUCUACCACUGUUAGAACUAUGUUAGACAGUUUAGAUGAAAUACCAAACCAUGAUGGAAGAACUAGAAUUUCCAUUAUGUGUGUCGAUCAUGCUCUACACUUUUUCGCUAUUCCAACUGAUAAUUCAGCUGAAAAUAUCCAAAUGUUGGAUGUAUGUGACAUUGAUGAACCAUUCAACCCAAGACCAAACAAUUUAAUGUCAUCUUUGACACAAUCUAGACAAAACAUUGAAAAAUUAUUGAGCCAAAUUCCACAAAUAUUCGAAGGUAACAUUAUAAGCAAGUUUGCAUUAGGUCCUGCCUUGAAAUCUGCUUACGAGUUAAUGCGUUCUACCGGUGGUAAGGUUAUUGUCGUGUCAGCUACAUUACCAAACCAUGGUAUUGGUAGUUUAAAACCAAGAGUCGAAAAGGGUGUUUCAAAUACUCCAAAGGAAACCUCUCAAUUGUUGUCAUGUCAAGAUGCUUUUUACAAAAGUUUCACUAUUGAUUGUAACAAAAUGCAAAUUGGUAUUGAUUUAUUCUUAGCAUCAUCAGGUUACGUCGAUUUUGCUUCUUUAUCCAAUUUGGCUCGUUACACUGGUGGUCAAACUCAUAUGUAUCCUGGUUUCAAUGCCGCUGUUAUGGCUGAUGUCACUAAGUUUUCAACUGAAUUUUCGAGACACCUAUCAAUGGAUACUUCUACUGAAGCGGUCAUAAGAGCUCGUGGUUCCAUGGGUAUUAGAAUGCAAUCGUUCUACGGUCAUUUCUUCAACAGAUCAUCUGAUCUAUUGGCAUUGGCAACGGUACCAAGAGAUCAAUCUUACGUAUUUGAAAUGGUUAUGGAUGAUGCGUUAGUUAUGCCAUACUGUUAUGUGCAAGUUGCUGCCCUAUUGACUUUGAAUAAUUCUGAACGUAGAAUUAGAGUAAUCACUAUUGCUCUUCCAACAACUGAAAAUAUUAGGGAAGUAUAUGCAUCUGCAGAUCAAUUAGCUAUGACGAAUUUCUACACCCAAAAGGCAGUCUCAAAGGCCAUGAACAACAGUGUAGAAGAAGGUAGAGAAUUGAUCAACAAAGCAGUCUUGGAUAUUCUAAAUGCAUACAAAAAGGAAACUAUUAGUUCGAAUACCCCAGGUGGUAUUCCAUUACAAUUAUGUACCAACUUAAGAAUGUUCCCAUUGCUGAUGAAUUCUUUGAAAAAACAUCAAGCUUUAAUGCCAUCUGUUCUUCCUAGUGAUCACAGAGCUAACGCAUUAAAUUAUUUGGAAUCUACUCCAUUGAAGUAUUUGAUUAAGGCUAUCUAUCCAACUAUUUACGCUUUACAUGAAAUGCCAGAUGAUGCUGGUCUACCUGGCGAAGAUGGUUCUAUUAUUCUUCCGGAUCCUAUGAAUGACAGUAUUGCCUUGUUUCAACCAUAUGGUCUUUACUUGAUAGAUAAUGGUACCGAGUUAUUCUUAUGGAUUGGUGGAGAUGCUAUUCCUGACCUGGUCAGUGAUGUAUUUGGUCAACAGUCAGUAUUCGAUAUUCCAGUAGGUAAGAGUGAAUUACCAACCGUAGAAGGUUCUGAAUUUAACGAAAAAAUAAGAAAUAUUAUCAACAAAAUAAGACAAAAUGAUGAUGUUAUUACUUACCAAGUUCUAUACAUCAUGUAUGGUCCAUGUGCUAAUGAAGUACAAAAUGCCAACACUAACAGUCUAAGAUCUUUAAGAAUGUGGGCUCUAAGUAAUUUGGUAGAAGACAAGAGUCAAAUCGGUGAAGGUUACCGUGAGUUUUUACAAAACUUGAAAUCUAAGCUAAGCAAAUAG